UAGGAUAUAAGUAAACAAAGCAGUUAGUUGACAAAUAUAUUUGGGUGUGUGUGAGUUUUAGAAUUUGUUGGAAGAUAUCUUUUCAACAUGCAACAUGUAUCUUUUCAACAUAUUUAUCUUCAUAUUCAAGCCUAUAAUAGAGUGCUAAGAGUUAAAUCUAUCAAACCGACAUGAGAUAGUGUCAUUCAUAUUAAAUUUCAUAGGUAGUAAGUAAGUAAUUGCUCUAGAAAGUCUAGAGGAUUGAUAGAUUAAAAAUGUGAAGGUACUAACAAAUGAUAAAAGUGAAUUGGACGUUAAGCCCAUUGAUGGCUCGAGCUCGCACCUUCUUCCGAGAAUCACCAGGUGGUCAUAGACCAUAAGACUAAAACUUGAGGAGCAUAUUGUGUUAACAAUGCGGCAAAACACAGAAAAAGCUGUGCGAUCGUACUAACAAAUGUACAAGUUAUAUAAUUAAAUACACUUCCUUCGAAUCAUAUCGAGAGAUGUAAUGCCUCCAAAGAGGUCUGGGUGUACCAAUCAGAAAUACCAUGGAACCAUAGAUUAAUAGACGAACUUUUCUUCAUUUGAUGUAUAUUAGAAUGAAUAUCAUCAUAAAAAAAGAUGGUUAAUAUAUAAAAAUCACGAAAGGAAUUAGUUUGAGGGACAAAUAAGAGGAGAUAACGGUUCUAAGCAUAAAUUAGGAUUUGUUAGUUUCUUAAAGCUUUUUUUAAAAAAGGUCUCUGAUUAAUGUAUUACAAAGGAUGUAGAUCUGGCCACUCAUGUUCUACAUUUUAUGAUAAAUUAAAUUACUCAUGAAUUAAAUGUCAAAGUAAGGCAUCAUGCUAUGUCAAAAUAUGAAGAUUUUGUUAUCAUGAAAACUUAUGUAUUUUUGAUAAUAUUAGGUUUUAUACAAUUAGUUUUCUGCAACCACGGCCUCAACAUUACUGAUUAUGACCAAUACUCUGUUUGUCCCAUUAAAUUGUUUCGUCGGAAAAGGGCAUACACAGAAUACACGCGAUGGCGAGCCAAUCAAGAAACAACAAACGAGUUCCUAGUGAAGGUUUUAGAUGAAGAAUUGACAACAUCGCAACCACAUCAAAUUAUUGCUGUGAACAUUCUGCCUGUGACUAAAGGAGGCGAGAAGAUUAUCAUAGGAGGAGCAAAGGUUCCGCCGCCCACGACCGCGCCGACGACGACCGAGGCGCUGAAAGAUUACACGCGAUUUAUACCACCGACCACACUAUCCAUGACGCGCAGUGAAGGAGAAGUGCUUGGCUCAAUACCAUACCCUACUGUAUUAAAUGCUAUUAUGCCUCCCAUGCAUCCAAAAGGUAGCUACGCUAGCAAGAACGCUCAACGCGAUGACAGUCCUCCUGCCAGUCCUCAGUUUCUAGCACGCACCCCGAUGUUGAUGGCUCGUCAGUAUGCACCUAUAGCUCCUGUUGCAUUUACUCGACGCUCAACUAUCGCUCCAUUAACUCCACCUCCCAUUAAAUUAUACGAUCCUGAGUCAUUACCGCCCACGUUAACGCCGACUAGGACGCGGCCAAUAUCAGAUGUAACGCUACCAUCCAGAACCACAACUGAGUUUGAUGAGUUCCACAAAUAUCCUGCAUUUGAGGAAGACGCACCGGACCAAGACUUCACCCGAACUACUUAUUUACAUCCGGAAAGAACAACAACUCCAAUUGCGGUUGAAUAUACCUAUAGUAGUGAACCCGAAAUUGAAUCAACUACCGAAAAAAAAGUAUAUGAUGAUAGUAGGAGAAGAGAGGAAGAAAUAAAGAAAGUUGCUGAGAAAGAUUCCGAAUCAUCUUACAAUAUGAUGUUUUAUAAUGACGACGAUAACGAAAUCAGUUCCAAAAAAGAUGAUCAAGAUGCAAAUGACGUAUAUUAUGACAAAAAGGGCAGUAAAGAAGAUAAAGACGAGAAAGAAUUCCCGGAUCUGAAAGAAAAUGACAUCGAAUACUCUGACAGUAAAAACGGAAGUAUAAUAAAAGAUUUACACAUUUACCCUGACGAUUACAUUUCGGACAACGGCACUACAAGGACUACUGCGAAAGGAGUUAUUGGUAUUCCCGCGUCAGAAAUAGCAACUGUAAAGUCUAUCAAAGACCGAAUGAGAGAUAAACGUCGCCCAUUUUGCAGUCUGCUUAAACUUAGACAACUUAAUUUUAACUCACCACGGACUUUACCUGAGAUAGUACAUCAGAUGAAACAGUGGGCAGAAGACAGUCCUGUAGCUAAAUGGGUGGAUGUAACGGAUGGCAAUUUCACCACCAUGGAAAAUCCAAUCUACAUGAUGAUAGUAGAUGAUCCAAGCAGUAAUCAAAUUGUUUCUGCUAAACAAACUGUGAUGAUAGUGGCUGGUAUACAAGGGAGGGAUCAUCACGCAGUUGCUGCCGCUAUGUAUGUUCUUUAUCAGCUAAUAGAACGAAGUGAAGCUCAUGCCGAUCUACUCACUAAAUACCGCUUCUGGGUGAUUCCAGUGUUCAAUCCCGAUGGAUAUGACUAUUCUAUGACAUUUCCUCAUCGACGCGAAUGGACGAAAAAUUUGCGGCAAUUAUGGGACACAUGUAAAGGUCGAGAAUCCUGCAAAUCCUGUGAAUCUCAUGGCUUAAGAUGUACGAUACAGCCGUGCUAUGGUGUUAAUCUUGACAGAAACUUUGAAUAUCAGUGGAUCCCCGCGGAGGAGCUGCGCGCGGAACACCCUUGCGGCAACUUGUACGCGGGCGUGCGUCAGCUCAGCGAGGCUGAGACGCGAGCGGUCACACACUACCUACAUGAACAGCGGACGCCGCUUUUCACAUUCAUCGCUUUUAAAGAAGGCGAUGUCUUGGGCGUUUUAUAUCCAUAUUCGCAUACAAGAAAGAAACGGUCUUUUGAUCACAUUUAUAGACAAAGGGCGGGGAACGCGGCGUCAGCAGCGUACAGCAUCAGCAAUCGCCCCUACGUCGCCGGACAGACAUCAGAAUUCUUGCCGCUAUACGCUGGCGGGAUAGAAGAUUGGGUGGAUGGUCACCUGGGCAUCGACAACACAUACACGAUCAUGAUGUUUCGACCCACGGACUCCUACAACUCUAAACUUAUAACAGAGCGCGUCGUGCACGAAGCAUACGCGGCCAUGGACACGCUACUCCUUCAGAGUCUGGAGCCCCUCGGGCCGCCGGCGGUCACCCUGACCAGAACUGGGAACAACUCUAACAAGCUCUCAAGUUGUGUUACGACUAUAAUUUGUGUGGUUCUACUAUUUAAUAGUUAAACCUAAUGUAUUUGGUGGUAUUAGCAGUAACGUAUAUUUUAUGUUUAGAAUGUUUGUAGCUAAUAUCAGAAGACGUGUUCUUCUGUGAUAUAACUAGAAUACGUUGUUUUUGACGGUUCUAAAGAGGACGACCAGUUAUAUGGUUUGACGUUCAAUUCUCGGUCACAUUUGGUAUGUUUGCCAUAUCAGUCUGCCAUCGAUGCUUUCGCAUAGCUCCUGAAACUCAUGUAAUGUUGACAAAACUUUCGACGCAUCUUUAAGCUAACUUUAUCAGUGUGCACGAGUUAGUUAUGAAUGGUUUGAAUAAUUAUGUAUUUCCGUUUUGUAUAACCCGCUUAUGUACAUUAACUUUUAUUCAAAUAAAUGAGUUUUCUUUGAAACCUAU